AUGGCAAAAGAGGUAUUGGUAAAGCUUUGUCACAAUAUUCAGCAUGAAAAGCCUAUAGAUCUUACAACCCCGCCAGAAAUAAAACAUGAGAUCAUGGAGAAUCUCUAUAUGGAUUCUCGUUUCUACAAAUUAGACGAAGAUUCUGUUAUUUCUGCGCAUCGCUUUUUAGAAAAUCUGAAUAAUAAUAAUCAGUUUUGUUUUGAGUGGAGAAGUGAAUUGGUUACAGCAAUUGGAUUCAUAACUUCUUUGCUAACUAAACUCUUACCUGUGUUAAGUAUCCAUUGUGAUGCGACCUACAAAACAGUUAAAGAACGAUUUGAGCUCUAUGGAAUUAUCAGUAAUACUAAUGGCGCAGGAUUUCCAAUUGCGUAUUUGUUACUAAAUACUAUGAAAGCAUUCGAUAAUGAAGAACAAAUAGGGCUACGAACGAAAGCACUUGCCAGCUUUCUUCGCUCUCUUCACAACAAGGGGUUAGAACCGCAAUACUUCUUUACUGACAAAGAUUCCGCUGAGAUCAAUGCCACAAAAAAAGUGUGGUCAAGUAUUAACGUGCAGCUCUGUCUGUGGCAUGUAGAAAGGGCAAUAAAAGAAAAACUUAAGAGCUGUAAGAGAAUACAACGUACCCAGUAUCAACCAGAGGAAGCUGUUGCGGAGUUUAGUUUUAUUGAUCUCACCUUCGUGCUUGAUUUAAAAUGUUCAGAGUCUGAGUAUUAUAUUGUAUGUUUACUGAAACUAUGA